UGUGCCCGGAGCCAAAGACCAAGCAUCAUCUAAAGAGCAAACAGCCGCUUCUGAAAUCCAUCGACCAAGCAUCACGGACGAUUGAAUAUUUCGUUAAAUUUAUCAACAACCAACAUAAUCACAAUGACUAUCCUUCAGUUAAAAAGCAACGACAAUGUGGUUUAUAAUGUGGAGUUAGAAAUCGCUAAGCGCUCAGUAGUGAUACAAACAAUGAUUGCAAGUUUAGGCGAUGGCAACUUGGAUGAAGCUCUUCCUUUAACCAAUAUUAAGUCUGAUAUUUUAGAAAAGGUCAUUGAAUUCGCUACUCAUCACAAAGAUGACCCAAUGCCGAGUGAAGAAGACACAAAAGAAGACCUAGAAAAGAUUACACCGACAGAAUGGGACAAACAAUUUCUAAAGGUUGAAAUGAACACUUUGUGUGAGUAUAUUUUGGCAGCCAAUUAUUUAGAUAUGAAGGAUUUGUUGACCCUUGCGAGCACAGAAGUAGCAGGUCGCAUGAAAGGACAAAGUCCAGAUGGAAUCAGGAAAAUUUGUAAGGGCUGUUGGGGCCCAGAAGGAGAAGUCCAAGAAGGCGCAGUCAAAGAAGGCGAAGUUAAAGUAGGCGAAUUCAAAAAACUUGCAGUCAAAGAAGACGAUGCCGUAGAAGGCGAUGCCAAAGAAGGCGAUGCCAAAGAAGUUGAUGACAAAGAAGGUGAUGCCAAAGAAGGUGAUGUUAAAGAAUCUGAACUAAGCUUAGAGCAGAUUUCGCUUGUGGAAAGCGAGAUUGAAGAAGCUGAAAUAAAUGUACAGAAAUUGUCGGUACAGGAAAGCGAUAUUAAAGAAGCUGGACCAAGUGUUAAUUAAAUUUCGAUUUGAAUAAUUGACCUAGUUAAUUAAGAAACUGUAAUUAAAACAAAAAUAUGUUUAAAUUUAAUGUGUAAAUUUAAUAAGUAAUCAAAUGUCAUUUAGAUAUUUUUAUUAAAUAAAGACCAAUUCUAUUACUAAUGUAAUUCAAAAUAUUA